CAGGGAAAUUUCUACAUUGGAAGUGGUAUUUUUUUUUGUCUUUUCGUCUUUUGGUUUUGAAAGAACGCUAUUUUAUGCAGUAAAAAUAGAAAAAAGUGCGGAAAAGUAUACUUUUUUGUAUAGUGUAUCCUUGUAGAGUCGAUUAUGUAUUUUUAAUUUUUUUUUCGUUUAAUUAUCAAGAAGAAAGAUUAAAUAUAUUUAUAGCAAGCAGAGCCAGUAAAACCGUGGACGGAAAUGUUUGAUGCUUCCGUUGAAGGCCCAGCUUGUCCUCAACCUAAUAACUCGCAUACUUCUGAGGAUUGUUUGCGCUUAAAUGUCUAUACAAAUCAGGUGCCAACAAAAUUUAAUUUAGUGCGGAAUCCAGUAAUAGUUUACUUUCAUCCCGGUGCCUUUUAUGUUCGAUCUGGUCGAAGUAAUUUACAAGGACCGCAAUAUCUAUUAGACAAAGAAGUUGUUUUGGUCACUGUAAAUUAUCGUCUGGCUUCUUUAGGUUUCAUGAGCACCGGCGAUUCUUUAAUGCCGGGAAAUCUCGGUCUUAAGGAUCAAGUGGCAGCAUUGCGUUGGGUUAAAAAUAAUAUCGCUGCUUUUGGAGGUAAUCCUGAUUGCGUGACAAUAACCGGAUAUAGUGCUGGUGGUUGGAGUGUAACAUUACAUUUGGUGUCACCAAUGUCAAGGGGAUUAUUUCACAAGGCAAUUGCAAUGAGUGGUUCUGCCGUUUUUCAGAAACCAUUUCCCAAACAUCAGAAGAAUUUGGCAAUAAAGCAGGCUCAAAUUUUAAAUUGCCCCACUGAUAAUACACAAAAUAUGCUCAAUUGUUUGAAGCAAAAAUCAGCGAACGAAAUUGCUAAUACUUUGGAAAAAUUCUCUGAAUGGAAUGGGAAUCCAAUUUGGGUUUGGACUCCAGUAAUUGAGCCAGUUGUUCCUGGUGUCGAAAGAUUCCUCCCCGAUGAUCCGGCUAAAUUAAUAAGGGAAGGAAAAUUCGAGCAAGUUCCUCUUAUUGCUGGUGUUACUAAAGAUGAAUUCGGUGGUAUUGUUGUAUUGGCGAGAGAGGAAGCUAAGAAAGGAAACUUGUCUGCAAUUAACGAUUGGAAUACAAAAUGGGAGGAAAUAGCACCUAUUAUAUUUGUUUACGAAAGAAAUACUGCUAGAUCUCGACGAAUUAGCAGAGAAUUAAACUCAUUUUACAAUCAUGAUGAGCCAAUUACUGUCGAUCAUCUUCAAGGCAUUUCAGGACUUUAUCGUGAUUCCAUCAUUUCCUAUUCAGUUCAUCGUCUUGUCAAUUUAGUGGCAGCCUCAUCGUGUGCACCUGUUUAUUAUUAUCAUUUCACAUAUCAAGGCAGAUUUAGUCACUAUUUGGAUCCUGAAACAAACAAACCGAUUGGUGUUUCACAUCAUGAUGAUCUGAUGUAUAUUUUCUACAUCGAACAAUUUCCAUUUUUCAAAAGAGUCGAUCCAGAAACACGAACAGUAGAACGAAUGACAGCCAUUUGGGAGAAUUUUGCAACAACUGGAGUACCAAUUGCCAAAAAUGACCAACUUUUUGAAAAUGUUACUUGGAAGAAAUUCACUCCUGAGCGUAAACGUCAUUUGGAAAUUGGCGAUCAUCUUACAAUGAGAAAUGGACUUAUUAAUCCUGAAGAAAUGAAAUUGUGGGACAGAUUAUUCCCUUUGCCAUAAAUUGAAUAAUAACAAUUUUUUUAUUUUGUGAUUUUUACUAUAUUUUACAAUAUUUUCACUACGUAUGAGAAUGAAGAAGUUUUCUUUAUUCUCUGCUUAAUUUAUCAAAAAAACUAAAAAGUAUGAAUUUUUUCCCCUUUUAACAUAAAAAGAAAUUCCAAAGUUCG